AUGUCGUCUGUACCGUACAAGCAAGAUAUGCCACCGAAAGGUGGCUACGGCCCCAUUGCUUAUAAACGCCAUAUACCGAAUAGGGGAGUUUCUGGUUAUAUGAUGUUUUUGGGAUGUGCAGGUGCAAUGACAAUCGGAAUGAUUGGUCUUGCCUAUAGCAACAGACUCAGAAGGUACAAAUUGCUGGCAAUGAAAAGACUUCGAGAUGAGGAAGCUGAAAUAAUGAGUGAUGUACCAGGUUGGGUUGUUGGUGAGAGCGUCUACAACAGUGAAAGAUGGGUGUGGCCCUCAAACGAGGAAUUCUACAAUCUUCUUGCCAAAAAGGAUAGAUUUAGCAAAAUCCAUGAAUAUUAUUUGCAUGUCUGAAAUAUAAUGUGUAUGCUUUUUGUUUUUUUGAAUUUUUGUUAAUAAUAUUAGUUUCAAGAAAAGCGUGUGAGAUAACGAAAGAUGUUAGGUAUAUAUCGCUGCACUAUUACAGUACUUCCCUGUGGUUUUAUUGGACCAUAUUCGAUCUGAUCAAUAAGUUCUCUGUGCUAUUUUAGAUAUCAAGAAUAAAUAAUUUGUGUUUGUUGGAUAACUGCAUUGUUUGAGUGAACUUGAAUGCAAAGACUUCUUUUUGAUGCCUGUUUAAUAGUUUGAUUGAAUUAAUACUAUCUAGAUAUGUACAUGUACCUUGGGUCGGCCUUUAUUAAAUUAAAUCAUCAUCAUUAUUGUU